AUGAGUGAGGUAGUCGGCGCGACUAAGCUCCCGACGGAAAUGUGGAUGGUCGUUGUGGAGCAUCUCAAGCGCCCGUGGGAUGUCGCCGCCUUGGCCCAAACGUGCCGCCGCCUUCAUGAUGUCGUUAAUCCUCUCCUCUACGAGCAUGCCGCCGAGCACGGCUACGACCUCAGAGCCCUGGUCUGGGCCAUCCGGUUUCGUUUGCACAGCACGCUGAGCCACGCCCUCGCUGCAGGUGCCGACCCCAACAGAGUGUGGCGGUAUUUUAAACCUGGAGCUACGCAGAGCGCUCCCUCUUUUGACGAGUGUAUUGGCGCUGUGUCCAGGGCAGCCCAGUCUGACUUCAGUCUCGUCUAUCCGCGGCCUUACUGCUCCCCGCUGCACCUCGCCGCGUCCUUGGGCGACACCGAGGCCAUGGGAAUGUUGCUUGACCAUGGUGCCGAGCCUUAUGCCGGCUCGUCGAGGGUUUGCAGGUGCUACGACAUUCAGCAUUUUGCAGAUUCGGGCCAUACCUCUUCUUUCAUCAAUCAAUCGCCACGAAAUCCAAGAUGGACCCCGGCUCACGUUUCUAUAUGUACAGGGAACAUCAGAGCCUUCGAACUCCUGUCCUCCAGAGGAGGUGGCGUCGAAAUGCAGAGCAUUGAUCCAGAUCCGCGGACGCCUUAUUGUGCACUGACUCCUCUCCACACCGCUGCCAUGUCUGGCCAGGCUGAGAUGCUGGAGUGGUUGCUGAAAUCCGACCGCGAGUAUGACGUGGACGCCCUUGAUUUCAGUGGUAAAACGCCUCUGGUCUAUGCCUACUACGCUCAUCACUGGGACUGUGUCACUCUUUUGGUUCGCAACGGCGCGGAUAUCAACAGAGACCACAGGAUAACUUUGAUGCAAGAGGGGCAGGGAUACGACCCCAUCCACAUAGUCGAGGAUGAUGUCGAUUUCUUAUCACAAGGGACACUUUUGGAAGAUGCAAUGAUGCCAGCCAGGUUCGAAGAUGCCCUCCGGCUCCUCGAUCUCGGAGCUGAUCCCGUUAUCACGGACCGAACGCUUCGAAUCGGAAAUUCCCUAAUUCACAAGCUAUGCCUCUAUCCAUGGUACACCAUCCCGUGGGACACCGCCAGAUGGGAAAGCAGGCCUGUACAUGCCGCCGGGAUGAAGCUCCUCAACCACUUCCUAGAUUUAGGCCUCAACUUUCGCCAGAGCGAAAGGUAUCCGCCGCUGAUGUACGGUGAGGGGCUUGAAUUAGGAUACACAGCUCUAGGCUAUGCAGCUCGCGCCGGCAACUUGCACGCAGCUCAGAGACUGAUUCAGGCUGGUGCAGAUGUUGAUGGGAAUCCAGAGCAGGACAUGUGCACGCCCCUGGCCUGCGCGUGCAAAUAUUCAGCAGGCAAGCCGGUAAUGGAGAUGGUGACUCUUCUGGUCAAGGCAAGCGCCUCCGUGAACCGACUCAGGCCCCAAUCAGAAGGUCCUCUAUGGGUCAUUCAUCGGGCUUUUGAUGAAUACGGUCCUGCCCCUGGGAACAUAAUAGACAAGGUGACAGACUAUCUCCUAAAGCUGGGUUCCAACCCUGGGAGAGGCACAUCCAAUGGUGAUGAUGCGUACUACACCGCUCUGGACUAUGAGCUGCUGGCUGGCAACUUGGAAAGAUUUGAGUACCUUCUCGCGAAAUCUGCAGAGGGUUCAAUCGGGGAUGAUGAUUUCAUCGGCUUCUGGAAGGCGAACAAAACGCGCCCUUACAAAGACAACACCCCAUAUCUCCUCAAGCUCGACAAGAAAGGCUUGAUCGCGAAGAAAGACCCGACCGUUCUGCCAUUCAUCAUUUGCCGACCUCAGCUUGACCCUGAGCUUGUGGACCACCUUCUCGAGCUGGGUGUCGACCCCAACGUCACCUGGUCGGGCAACACUCCGCUAGGGUGCAUCCUGCAGCAAACUAACGUGAAAGAGUCGAUAAUGCUGCGCGUAGUCAAGAGCCUCCUGAAAUUUGGAGCCUCAAUCUUCCUUCCGAUGGAGCCGAUGUACUUGACAGAACUUGACGCUGGAGCUCCUCAAACUCCACUGGCCCUAGCUGUCCACAUGCGGGAUACAUCCUUUGAAGUUCUCGAGGUUUUGUUGGAACAUCAGCCCUUGAAAGACGCCCCCCCGGAUGUCGAUCCAUUUGAGUACAUUCUGCAGGCUUCUAUGGCGGGAAACACAAAGGCGCUUGCCGCUCUCUUCGCUUCACUGGGUGCCUCGUCCCCCGUCCGGCAAGCACAAGCCACCAACAUGGUCCAUCGCGUGCUCGAUGCGAUGUUCUCGUUCGGCAUGGUGCCGAUCUGUCCGUUGAAGCGUCCGAGCAAUUCCUCGAUGGUCGAACAGGAACCGAAACGUUGA